AUGCCUCCAAAGGGAUCCAAGAAGAGAGCUGCUGACUCCGAAGCUUCUACCUCCCAAGCCAAGAGCACAAAGACCAAUGCCUCGACUACUGCUGGAGCUGCUUCGAAUGAACCGGCCCAUAAAGAAGCGAAUGUCCAAGGGAACGACUCGACCUCGCAAUCUCCUACCAACGACGACUCUCAUGAUGAUCAUGACGACCACGAGAUGACCGAAGAGAAGAUUAAACAAGAUCCUCACACCUACAUCAUGAACUGCGCCCCUCGUUUCGAGUUCGAGGCUCGCUANCAAAAAGAGCACGAAGAUGACGAAGACUUUGACGAAGAGAAAGCAAGCGAGCUCUGGGCCAACGAACACAAUGAAAGGAAAUGCGCCUGUUUUGACAAGAGCCGCGCUGAUGGCUGGUCCAUGAUGCGAAAGGCUUUUGCAAGAAAGAUGGAUGCAGAGACCAUUGAGAUCCCCCAUCGUGAUCCUGACAUGUUCGGCAUGUACGUUUACAACGACUUUGCUGGCUACGGCUACCAGGAAGUUGUUGAGAACAACAUGGCCGAGUUCAACAAGAUCCUGAACAGCAAGGAUGGCAAGACCGAAGAGCUUUGGACUAUCAUGGAGUCGAUGGUUUGGUGGAUCGUGGAAGAGCCCCAUGCUCCAUGGCACAUGAUCGACGAUGGCGAACGCUCGUGGUUGACUUACAGUCUGCUUGGUUUCAUGUUCCUCACCGCCCUGAAUCGCAUCGAUCAAGAAGGCGAACUCAAGCCGGACUCAAAGUACAAAGAUCUUUCUUUGGUGAUUUCACUUUGGGCAAGAGCAGCUGACGACCUUGGCGGAGACGUUGAGGAUCCUCUUGACGAUAGCAAGGGUAAGGGUGGUGACUCUGACCUUGGUAAAUAUGCUGGCUUCAACCUUCUCUGGUUCCGCUAUCUCCUGGCCCUUUCCAAGGAGGCUGGCAUUCCCAUUAAUGGUGUCUCGGACGUCGACGACAAAGUCGAAGAGUGGAAUGCACAGAUUGAGGACAAAGUCACAUUGCCACCCAAGAAAGCAGAUCGUUUUGGUUGGAAGACAAAGUAUGCCAAGUCAUACGGAAAAGGCGGCAAGAUUGGUGGACAGGCUUUCCAGAUCACAAAAUGGUCUCGCGCAGAGAGANNAAAAAAGCACGCCUUUGACAAGAAAGAUCCUCUAUCAGAUGAACAAAUCAAGGCUUUGAAGGAUGGCAUGGUCUUGCAGAUGAUGUAA